AUGGAGAACCUGAUCUCACUCGUGAAGAACCUGCAGCGGGCCUGCACCGCCCUCGCCGACCACGGCGAGGAGAGCGCCCUCCCCACCGACUGGGACGUGCUGCCGUCCGUCGCCGUCGUCGGAAGCCAGAGCUCGGGUAAAUCUUCAGUGCUGGAAAGUCUAGUUGGAAAGGAUUUCCUACCCAAGGGUCCAGGCAUUGUCACACGCCGCCCCCUGGUUCUGCAGCUACAUAGAAUUGAUGAUACCGAAGAGUAUACUGUGUUUUUGCAUCAACCUGCGAAAAGAUACACAAAUUUUUCCGAAGUGAGGAAGAAGAUAGCUGAUGAAACUGACACAAUAGCCGGUCGUUCAAAGGGAAUAUCAUCUGUCCCCAUUCAUUUGAGCAUAUUUUCUCCAAAUGUUAUGAAUUUGACUCUUAUUGAUCUUCCUGGGCUUACUAAAAUUGCUGUUGAUGGUCAGUCGGACAAUAUUGUUCAGGAAAUUGAAAACAUGGUUCGAGCAUUCAUCGAAAAGCCCGACUGUAUCAUUCUUGCUGUUUCUCCAGCCAAUCAGGAUCUUGCAACUUCUGAUGCAAUAAAGAUUUCACGAGAAGUUGAUCCUAAAGGUGAAAGAACCUUCGGUGUGCUCACAAAAAUAGAUCUAAUGGACAAGGGUACUAACGCUGUUGAUAUACUGGAAGGAAGAUCUUACCGGCUCCAAUUUCCAUGGAUUGGUGUUGUCAAUCGAUCCCAGCAAGAUAUCAACAAUAGUGUGGACAUGACUGCUGCUAGGCGUAGAGAGUGUGACUAUUUUGCUAACACACCAGAGUACAAGCAUCUUGCUCAUAGGAUGGGAUCAGAACAUUUGGUGAGGAGUCUGUUAAAGUAUUUAGAAUCUUUCAUCAGGUCAAAAAUCCCUUACAGCUAUCUGUGCAAUGAUAGUCUCCUCAAAUCUCCAGUUACAAAGAAAAACAGGUUGCAAGGGUAUACGCUUCGGGCAUAUGGGACUUUUCCCGCAUACAUGCUCUGCACCCAAGGGGAACAACACAAUAUGACAUUUGAGUGUACUGUCCAAGUUAUGGGUAAGAAGUUCGUGUCAGCGAAGCGUCACGUCCGCCGCAAAGACGCGGAAGAGGAUGCCGCUACUGUUGCCUACAAGGCAUUGGUUGGUGACGAGACCAUUGAUACUUUGCUCGAGUUGACUAACAAGAGUGCAGUCUGCAAGAUAAAUUUGCUGAAGGAAUAUGUCCAGAAGAAGAGGCUGAGUGAUCCAGCGUACAGUGACGCAGUGUACGAGUCCUCCAAAGUGGCUGUACAGAGCCAGCAGACCCUUUGGGUAUCAACCGUCACAUUGGACGGACAAAUUUACCUGGGAGACAUCGCCAAGUCAAAGCGAUUGUCAGUUCAGCAGGUUGCUGCUACGGCUGUGAAGUACAUGCUGGAGGCUGGCAACGACAUAAUUAUACAAGUGGUUCUGUCUAAGAGGCUCAGGGUUGAGGUGUCCCGGAAGAAGAGCACGAAGCAUGGUGCAGUGGUCGGGAUAGAUGAAAAUACUGGUCUGUAA